UGAGUCGUAGCAGAUGCUACCCUUUCUCUCUCUACCCUUUCUCGCUCCCACUCUUUUUCUCUCCCAAGAAUUAUCCAAGAUGCCCAGCCUGUAUUCUUCGCUUUCUCUCUCCAUAUACACACAACUCAUGAUAAUCAAUUAGGAUUUCCAUGCUUCAAAUCAGCACUACCAUGGAGAAUCACUAUCUGAGACGAAAAUUCCAUCCUCUCUAUGCAGAUGCUUGUUUAAGCACCUUCGUAAUUUUCUUUUCCGGUUUCGGGUUUCUAGACCCCUAAUUUGCUCAUUCAAGGUCAAUUUUUGUUCUUGAAUUUUGAACCCAAUUCAGGAUUUUUUACAAGUUCUGGUUUUUUAGGGUUGUAUGUCCGGUAAACUGCGGUCUUCUUUCAGGAUUUUGAGAUUUCGUAGUUUUAUGCGUGUACUCUAAUCAUGGACGAGAACUAUUUGAUGGAUGUGGAUUUUUCGGAUCUUGAUUUGAACCAAGAACCUUCAAACCCACCUCUGCAUAGGGUUGAAAGAUAUGGGUCGUUGUUGAAUGAAUUAGAAACUGCUCAUGAUAGGAUAGAGGAGAGGAUCCGACAGCUAGAGGUGGUUACUGCUCGCACGAGGCAGCGCCAGCGGUGGCGACAGGCCAGAAAUUCUAUGGAAAUUAGUUAUUUUCCUAGUGAAACAGCCGUAGAUGCGGGUCUGAGAGGGAGCCCUAAUGAAAAUAAUAACACAAGUGUGUUCAAGAGUAGUUCUGAGAGGGGUAAGGGUUGUAAAAGGGAUAGUUCCCAUUUGGUGGCGAAGGCGUUGGAGAUGGGGUCUGAGGUUAAGAAGGCCGAUAAGGAGGGUGGAAGCUUUUAUGAUUGUAAUAUAUGUUUGGAGGUGGCGAGGGAGCCUGUCUUGACUUGUUGUGGUCACUUGUUUUGUUGGUCGUGCUUUUAUCAGGUGUCGGAUGUGGAUUCUACUUCAAAGGAGUGUCCAGUUUGUAAGGGAGAGGUCUCAGAUGGCAAUGUGAUUCCCAUUUACGGUAAUGGGGAGAGUGAGCGUGUGCGUGAGACUGAAUCGGGCUUGAAGAUACCUCCAAGGCCCAAGGCUCAUAGAGUUGAAAGUGUCAGACAACAGCGCGUAACUCAAGGGCUAUCCCAUGUUCCUGUUGCCGAAGCACUUAGGCGAAUCAGGAUUAGUAUCGGUGCAGUGGGCAAUCAGACACAACAAGAAGUUGGCCAUGAUAUCCUCAGUUUUGAUACGGAAUCUCAGGCAGGACAAAAUACUGAGUCAGCUGGGGGCCAUCGCUUGAGGAUCCAUCAGGUUUCAAGAGUAUUAUCCGAAAGUGCUGCUUCUCUUUCUUCCCUCUCAUCUGCUUUGAGUAAUGCAGAAAGGCUGGUUGAAGACCUGGAAGCAGUUAUUAACAACAGGUUAUUGCGAAAUGAUGCACGGGGUUUGUCAGUUGAUGUUGGGAAUCUUUUUACUAGGCCAUCAGCUACCAUACAACCUAAUCAUCAGCCGCUAGUUUCUACUACGGAUUCCAAUGCUGCCUCGCCCAUCGCAUCUUCUUCCCAAUCAACUGAUGUUGCUAGUUCUGUUGCUCACCACGUUCUGAGAACAAGGGGUUCUAGUGAUGUAAAUCUGCCUUUGUUGGCUCCCUCUUCGUCCUCUUUCAGAAGGAGAAGCUUAAUGUCAAGGACUUUAGAUUUGGACAGCCGUGAUCCCCGUGAGUUGAGAAGAAGAAGAUUGAAUUAGCUGCUUCCAGAAAAACAUGGUAAAUUCUUGCUGAUGUAGAAUUUGAUACCUAGCCUUGAAGUGAAUUCUUGUAUGUUGUCUGUUAUAAAGAAGGAUAUUCUGAACAUUAUGUUGAUUACUAUAUUCUAAAUUUACAUUUAUCAGAACAAAGGUAGUUAACUCCUCUUAA